AAGCAGGGAAAGCUCACCCCACUUCCAAUGGCCUGGGUCACCCCACAGAUUCCGCGGAGGCAACCCAUAAUUUUCUCGAGAAAGUUUUCAUUUUCCCUUUAAACAUACAGAAAUUUCUUAUGCCACUCUAACUAUCAAGCUCUUUUAACUUUAUCCAGAAGCUAUUCUUUAUAGGUAAUACAGAAUAAAUAACCAAUGGACUCCCUCAGGUCAUCUUUCUUCUCCAACACCAAUCACCUUCUUCCUUCAUAUUCACAGGCAAAACUUUCAGCGAGAAACGCCAACAUUCGCAUUCUUUCCUCCAUGCGACCAAACCCCUGGUCCCUCAGCGAUGGAGACCACACAACACCAAAACCCAGAAUCAAAAACCCCAAGAACCCACUCCCCCGCGACAACGCCCGUCGAAUAAUCAGGAAAAAGGCUCAGAAUAUGAGUGUGUUAAGGAGGAACCAAUACUCAUGUGCCAUGACCCCGAAAUGGAUAAAGAGAACUCCUGAGCAGAUGGUGCAGUACUUGGAGGAUGACAAGAAUGGACAUUUGUAUGGGAAGCAUGUAGUGGCUGCGAUAAAAGCAGUCAGGGGUAUGGCGAAGAAAAGGGAGGGUCAGUGUGAUGUGAGGAUCGUGAUGAGUAGUUUUGUGGGGAAGUUGAGUUUUAGGGAGAUGUGCGUGGUGUUGAAGGAGCAGAAAGAGUGGAGACAGGUCAGGGACUUCUUUGCUUGGAUGAAAUUGCAGUUAUGCUAUCGUGCAAGUGUAAUUGUUUAUACAAUUGUUUUGCGCAUGUAUGGGCAAGUCGGGAAGAUCAUGCUGGCUGAACAGACCUUCUUAGAGAUGCUAGAAGUAGGGUGUGAACCGGAUGAAGUAGCUUGUGGUACCAUGCUCUGUACAUAUGCUAGAUGGGGACAUCUUAAGGCCAUGCUCUCAUUUUACUCUGCCACACAAGCAAGAAGGAUUCCACUUGCAAUUUCAGUUUACAAUUUUAUGCUCUCUUCUUUGCAGAAGAAAUCACUCCAUGGCAAGGUGAUAGAUUUGUGGAGACAGAUGAUUGAUAAAGGGGUGGCUCCUAAUACUUUUACUUAUUCAGUAGUCAUUAGCUCACUUGUUAAAAGGGGCCUUCAUGAAGAGGCUUUCAAGACUUUUGAUGAGAUGAAAAAACUUGGUUUCUUGCCUGAGGAAGUAACCUAUAGCAUGCUUAUCAGUUUAAGUGCUAAAUAUGGUGACUGGAAGGAAGUAUUAAGAUUAUAUGACGACAUGGGAUCAAGAGGAAUAGUUCCAAGUAACUACACAUGUGCUUCACUUUUAACUUUUUGUUAUAAAAAAGAGGAUUAUUCGAGAGCUCUAUCUCUCUUUUCUGAAAUGAAGAAGAAUAAAAUUAGAGUUGAUGAGGUCAUAUAUGGCUUGCUUAUUAGAAUAUAUGGUAAACUUGGACUUUUUCAGGAUGCCCAGUAUGCAUUUGAAGAGAUUCAGUGCCUUGGCCUGCUUAAUGAUGAGAAAACAUACUUAGCAAUGGCACAAGUCCAUCUUAAUUCAGGAAACAUUGAGAAAGCUUUGGAUAUUAUUGAAGAAAUGAAGUCUAGGAAUAUUUGGUUCUCAAGAUAUGCUUACAUAGUUUUGUUGCGCUGUUAUGUCAUGAAAGGAGACUUGGACUCUGCUGAAGUUACAUUUCAGGCUCUAUCCAAGACUGGGCUUCCUGAUGCUUCUUCUUGCAAUGACAUGCUCAGUUUGUAUAUGAAACUGGACCGAAAAGAAAAAGCCAAGGAUUUUAUUGCCCAGAUGAGGAAAGAUGGUGUAGUUUUUGAUGAAGUUCUUCUCAAGACAGUUAUAAAAGUAUAUAGCAAUGAUGGACUGCUGAAAGAUGCUGAGCAGUUGAUAGGAGAGAUGGGUACUGAUGGAUCUUACAAGGAUAAUAAAUUCAUUCAAACAUUAUAUUGGGUUAUGAAUGGUAGAUACCUCAGACAUGAAGAAGCUGAUGGCAAACUCAUGACUUCCAAGAAACUUGAUACAAUGGCUCUUGGAUUGAUUCUUGGCCUCUAUUCGUCAUGUAAGGAAUUUAGUAAGAUUGAAGAAAUCCUGAAAGUGUUGCUGGAGACUGCUGUAAGCAUCUCUGUAGUGAUUCAACUAGCUCACAAAUUCCUAAAAGGUGAUAUAUCUAAGGCAGAAGCACUUAAUGAUCAAAUUAUCAAGCUGGUUUUUAGACUGGAUGAGGAAGCAGUUGCAUCUUUGAUUAGCCUAUAUGGGAAGCAAAAGAUGCUAAAGGAGGCUCAAGUGGUCUUCAAUGCAGCAGCAGAUUCUCCUAGUUGUGGGAAAUUAAUAUUUAACUCAAUGAUUGAUGCAUAUGUGAAAUGUUGUAAGCCUGAGGAGACAUUCUCCCCAUACAAAAUGGCAACUGAGAAAGGGCAUGAUCUGGGUGCUGUUACCAUCAGAAAAGUUGUCAACUCUUUGACUAGUUGUGGGAAACAUCAUGAGGCAGAAGGCAUCAUAUGCCAGAGUUUGCAAGAUGGUUUGGAACUUGAUACUGUGACAUAUAAUACUUUUAUUACAGCAAUGUUAGAAGCAGUUUAUUCGAAAGAUGGAUUUUAAUCUCAAAUGGUUGAAGGAAAUGACAUUGCAUAUGAUUACGAUAGUUCUCCAUUUUAGAUCCCCAAGUUGGAUAGACAGAUCUUCGAAACUUUAAAAGGUUUUAUUAGUUUGUUUUUUAUUUAUUUUUUUAAUUUUAGUUGCACAAUAAAAGACAACUCUUUCUUAUCCUUUUUUUCAGUCACUUACAUGUCAUACAAUUCGAAUUUAAAAUUUAUUAUUUCUAACAAACGAAAGAGAUUAUCAUUGAGUUAUCUAGGUUGUUAGCAAUUUAUGAUUGUUAAAACUAUCAAUUUUAAUAAAAUUUGUUUAAAAAGCACUAUAGAUCUAUUGAUACUGAGUUUUUAUCCUUGCUUUUUCGAAAUGCAGGUGAGCAACAAAAUUUUGAUCAAUAUUUUUUGCAUCUUCUGGGCCUUAGGCUGAAGUUGAGAUCCUUUUCCAUGCUAUGCAGAGAGAUACUUGCUCACCUGAUUCCUCUAUCUUUACCUUGUCCAGGCAUAUACAGGAAGUUUCAAAUAUGAAGAAGCAGAGCAAACCCACAAUAUGUCAAGGGAUACUGAUGUAGAAUCAGAGAAAAAUAGAAAGCAAGGGAUGAAGAGAAGUAGGGAAAUUAGGGUUGGAAAAAUUAUCUCAAUUCAUCUUAAUGUCCUAACAAGACUAUUUAUAUAAGGUACAAACCCUCAAUCCAAACUAAAUAUAAAAAUAAUAAUAAUAAAGUUCUUGAAAUUAUUAAUGUUAAUAGAUCCAAGUACUAACC